AACGUCUAACAGGCUUUCACUUGACAGGUCAGCCAUAUGGGCAUGGGAAUGGACGAAAAUGCCCCUCUUCAGAUGAGGGCAACGUAAAAUUACGUAACUACCCUUCGUUCCUUCAUUCUCAUGGUUGGUACGAAUUGCGAUCUCUGGGUGGAGAAAUUAGGGUUUGAAAAGGGGAUUACGGUUUCAAAGCGCGGUUGAAGUGUAGAACCCAUACAGAUCGAAAGAAAUGAAGUUUCGUGACUCGUUUUCAAUGGCGAAUCCAAAGGAGGUGUCUUUUUCGAAUUCGAAGAACGCAAAGGAUGGAGAAUCGUCAGGACAUAAUACAGAUUUGGGUAUUUCCGUGAAGUUCCAUUAUGGGGGGAGGUUUGUUAGGGAUUGUGUUAUUUGUUACAAUGGGGGAGAAGAAACGUUGAUUGAAGGUGUAGAUCCUGAUAAAUGGUGUUUUUUUGAACUAACUGGAAUUUUGGAAACUGAUUUGCUAGUUAAAAAACCUUUUAGGUUGUGGUGGAUGUUAGAUGAAGAUCUUAGUUUUAGAUUGAUUAAAGAUGAUGCCACUGCUGAAGUUGUAAAAGAUUAUGCACUUAACAAAAAUAAUGUUGUUAAUGUUUUUGUUGAACAUAAUGUGGAUGAAAGUAUUGUUGUUGUUGAUAUCCCUAAUUAUGAUGUUGUUGGUGAGGAAUUGGGUGAGAUUAAUAAGGUAGUUAACAAUGAGAAGGGUGAGAGUUCAGAGGCAGUAAAUGUGAUGUCUUAAUGAACAACAUUUCUGAAGCAUUUAAUUCAACAAUAUUAGUUGCUAGAGACAAACCAAUACUUACCAUGGCUGAAUGGAUUAGAACAUAUUUAAUGAAUAGAAUGUCAACCAAUAGGCUUAAGCUACAGAAUUGGAACCAUAAGAUAAUGCCUAUGCCUAGGAAAAGAUUAAACACAGAAAUUGUGAAGUCUGGUGGUUGGGUUGCCAUAUGGGGUGUUGCUGAAGAGUUUGAAGUUCAUCAGGUAGGAGGAAGUCAGGCUUUUACUGUUAAUUUGGCAAAAAAAACUUGUUCAUGUAAUUUUUGGGAGUUGGUGGGGAUUCCUUGCAGACAUGCCAUUGCAGCUAUGUCUAAAACUUCAAAGGACCCAGAAGAUUAUGUCUCUGACUGGUAUAGCAGGGAAAUGUAUGAAAAGUGUUAUACACACAAUGUAAGUGCUAUCAAUGGUCAAGACAUGUGGCCAGAGGUUGAAUGUGAGGAGUUGUUACCUCCUGCUUAUAAAAAGGGUCCAGGAAGACCAAAAAAGGUUAGAAGGAGAGAAGCUGAUGAAGCACCAUCCUCACAAGGUAAGUAUAAAAGAUAUGGGACUACUUACAGGUGCACAAAAUGUGAUAAGUUUAGGCAUAAUGCUAAAGGAUGCAAAAGUCUAACUGUCAACCCCAAUGCUCAAAAAAGAAAGAGAAAGCCACCAAGACAACCAAGUGAAGCUAGGACUAGUACAAGUGAAGCUAAUGCUGGAGCAAGUGCAACUGAUGUUAAUGAUGGAGCAAGUGCAAGUGCAAGUGCAAGUGCAAGUGAAGCUGUUUGUGGAGCAAGUACAAUUCAUGGUGGGGAGUCUACAUCAAGUGCAAAUGAGUCUGUGCAGGGUGCAAGUAAGAAAAGGAAGGUUGGGAGCAAUACAACAUUCAUUCCUCCAAAACAGAGUAAGAAAUCUAAAAAAAAUCCCAUGGCCUUUAUGUCUUCAUCUGUAAAGCCAAGUGCUAAUGUACAAACAACAGUUCACACCACCAAAAAAUCACACACAUUAAUAGAGCCAACUGCAAAUGUCACCACUACGGUUCACACUUCAAGCACAUCUGUGAGGCCAACUGCAACUGUCAACACUGUGGUGCACACAUCAAAAAGUUCACACACAGUUGUUAAACCCACAGCAAAUGUAACCACUGUUAUUAACCCAAAACCUACUGUCAUCAAGAAACCUUCUGUUAAACCUGGUAUGCACAGAAAACCACCAAGAAAACCUACUGUUCGCACCUUAGAUGUUGUUAGGGCCAUUGUGGAGCCAAUAGUGAAAGUUAAAGCCCCUAUUAGGAAGAGUAGGAGAAUAGUCUGGAAAGGUCCUGCAAUAAAAAAUGGUCCAGGUAAAGAUUUGGAAAACCCAAUUGAGGUGGUUGAUGAAGAGGUUGAAGAGGCAGGUGGAUCAGAGAAACAUGUUGCUGAAGCUACACCAAGGAAAUUAACAGAUGCAGGUGGAAGCUGCUUGGCCUUGUUAAGAAGUGUUGAAAAUGUGAAGUAUAUUUAGUGUUAAUUAUGUAAUGACAUUUCCACUGACUUGUAUUUUGUGUUUGGCAAAGUCCAACUUAUGUAACUUGUUUAAGACUUGUAUCUUGGUGUUUGGUUAUGUCCCACUUAUGUAAUAGCAGUACUUGAAUUGUCAUAACUUUGUGAUUUGCUUGGCUAAGUCCAAAUUUUGUAAAACAAAGUAUGAACAUCUGUUAUUAUAA